AUGAGCAUUUCAGAGCCUCAAUUUGGCUCCCAGAAUGAUGACCCCGAGUUGGACGACUUGGAGCAACAGCUUCUGCAAAUCUGUAACGACGAGGAACCCACUCCAAGUUCUUCCCGGACAUUUGAUUUCCUCACGGAAGAACAGCAGCCAGAUCCGGAGAGAGAAAAGCUUGAUAAGAUAUUAAUUGGCAAUGAUUCUGACUCUUCUGAUGACGAGGAAAUAAGGAAUUUCCUGGAGCAGAAGUACAAUGAGUACGGUAGAGAUAUUCACAUGAGCAUGAAGAAGAAGGAUGAAGACAGAAAGAUCAAAGAUAUUGAGCUUGAAGUAUCGAAAAAUAUUCUGGGAUGUGAUAAAUUGAAAAUCACACCUCAGCUUCCUGCUCUGGGAAGAGUGUCCAGGGUCCCGGAGACAGAGAAACCUUUGCCAGGAGUUCCCAAACUCCAAAAGAUCAAGGAAGAGAUGGAGUCAAAGAAAACCUUGUCUGUUUACACAGAUCCUAUAUUUGGGAUGAGCCUGGUGAAGCCUCUAAUCUCUAGCACGCUUUUGCAGGAGCGCAUGAAGGAUAAAGAAGCCGUUUCGAUGUUCAGGAUAAAGACUUUCGUGGAUCGUCUGGACAAAACAAGGGAUUGGGUCUUUGGAGGUGCCAUCGUGAACAAGAGUCCGGUCAGGACAUCUCAAAAGGGGGAUCAAUACUCUAUAUGGACGUUGUCUGAUCUCAAGAACGAUAUUAAGACUUGCAGUUUGUUCCUCUUCAAGGCGGCUCACAGGGAUCUCUGGAAGACUCCGCAAGGAAUGGUGGUGGCUGUCCUCAAUCCAAAUAUCCUGGAGCGACGGAAUGACAAGACAGAGGCUAAUCUAUCCAUAGCGACGCCUGAGAAGUUGAUGUUACUGGGCCAAUCAAAGGAUCUGGGCAUUUGCAAGAGCAAAAAGAAGAAUGGAGAGCCUUGCACAUCCAUCGUGAAUCUCUCUGUGUGUGAUCACUGUGUCUUCCACAUGCAAAAGGAGUUCAAGAGUCUUUCCAAGCGCUCUGAGCUCCAAUCUGCCACUGCCGGAAGAGGCUUGAAUGAGCUCAGGAAUAAGGUUCUCGGAAAGAAUGAAGUCUUCUACGGUGGGCAGUCAUUCACAGCAAUUGCAGCCAAGAAGAAUGCCAAGCAAGUGGCUAAGGAUAAUCAGAGAAUGCUUUCUCUAUCUGAGUAUUUUGGAAGGAACUCCUCAACUGCCAAUUCACCAGGUCAGCGAAGUCAAGACAAAAUCAGACGUGCUGACGCUGUUGCCGAGGUAAAUAAUGCACAAAGGCAAAAGGAUAUCCAGAGAUUGGCAAUUCUCAAGGCGGCUUCUGAACCUGUGACGCCUCCAACAACCCCAACAGCACCAGAAAAGCCCCCAAUAGCUAUUUUCUCCAAAAUGACGCCCACUCUGAGCAAAUCCUCCUUCACAAUCGACGUCUCGACAAAGGCAUCGGUUGUGGCGCGUGCAAAAGCAGCUGAAGUUCUGAAGAAGAAGCCUAUAGACAAGGCAAAUCCCAAUUUUAUCAAGUACAGAGGCACUGACAGUGGCAAGAAACGAGUUCUUGAGGAGAUGAACCAGGAUGUGCCGAGCGCCAAGCGAGCCAAAGCUGAGGAAGAGGCCAAGAGAGAUAGAAUCCAGCGAAUCAUGGCUGCUACAUCAUCCCAUAUGGAUCUUGUGGAUCGCCGAGAGUGUGAGGAGACCCAAAAGUACUUCAACACUCUGGAGAAGAAGGAGGCACUGGAGGAGAAGAUGCUUUCCACGUACAAAGUGGCGUGCAAGGCUGUUGCCUGCAGAAAGUGCAAGUAUCUGGCCUUUUCAGCAGCUCCGCGAUGCCUGGAAGAGCGUCAUCCAUUGAAAGUCAUCGAUACAGACAAGAGAUUCUUCAAGUGCGGCGAUUGUGGGAACAGAACAGCCACAGUUCAUCGAAUGCCCAAGUUCAGUUGUAAGAACUGCCAAUCAUCACGGUGGGAACCAACAUCGAUGAUCCGGGAACGCAUUGUUGCUUCCACAGGAGACAAAUUGUCCAUUCGUGGAGAUGAAGAGCAAUUCAUUGGUACCACAACAGCAGGAAAUAUCAAUCUUCUUGUUCCGAAUGAGGAAUAGAAGAAAGAAACAUGUGAGUGUGAUUACAAU